GUGAUCAUUCUGAUGAAGCAGAUUACAUGCUUUUAAUUUGUGCACCAACCAGUCAGCGCAGACCCGAAAGCAGUAAAGUUUCUCAGGACCCAAGGGACCAACCGUCCGCUUGAUCCGGCGCGCGUCUAGUUAGAGGGAAGCCUGACAAAUGAUAUAAGUGGGGAGCUUGGGUUGUCGAUUGCUGAUGCGCCGGCUGCAUCGCAAAACUGCAGCGGCUUGUAGCAAUGAGUGCUGCGGUUUGUCCAUAGCUUUGGGUGCAGGCAGCUUAGUAGCAGUAGUAGUAGUAGUAGUGAAACAAGCAUGAUAGUACCGAAGCAAACAUGAAACUGCGCCCGGACUAGGGUUGACUUUGACCAACGACUUCCUUCUGGCUGGCGCCUACAUCUAUUAAAGAACUGAUAAGAAGAUCCAAGAAAUGACCACACCACAACCACCUGCUGCACAGCAAGGGCGGCUGGUGAGCAUUUCGUUCCGCGGAAGAACACGACGAUUUGACACGGACGGAGACGGCCGUCUCUGCUUCAAGCACGUCGCGAAAGUGUUCAAGCUCAACGCCAACCUCAGUACAGCCGAUGACUGGACGCUCGAUGACACGUCGCUGCGACUCGACGACCAGGGCCUAACCUGCAGUGCACUCCGGGACCUGUUUCCUCUCCCUGCGGGCACCGCAGAACAGCCACUCGUGCUGCAGACGGGUGAUGAUGCCACACCACCACCCUCAACCUCUGGGCGGGGGACACCCGGGGUCCGCGGAGCAAGUAAUCAGAAAGGCCUUGCAGGCCGCUCACCCGCGACGCGGGCGCAGCUUCCCAGCCCUUGCACGCGCGCCGCCGCCGCCGCCGCUGCCGCCGCCGCUGCCACUGCGGUGAACGCAAAUGCUUCCACGCCAGGGCCGUCCACGCGAGGUGCUGCGGCGCCACCCGGAUGCCGCACACCCACCGCGUUGUCGCCAUUGCGCGGCGCCCGGACGCCCUCAGCACUGGGGCUGCCACUGCCGGCCCCGACGCCGGGCCGGGCCGUGGGCCUGGGUCCACGUCAGCAGGGCGCGCUGCUGGACCUGUCUCGGCCGCUGCCGCCCGACAGCGAGUUGCUGAGGCACCCGCUCGGGCAUGGCUCUUUCUUCUUCCCCGCCUCCGCCGCCAGCCACCUGCCCAUGCUCAUGGCCUGCCACCUGCCGCCGCCGCUGCAGCGCCUGCUGCGCGCCUUCCGACUGGGGGCCCAGUGUGCCAUCACGGCGCGGGCCAUGGCGCUGUAUGCGGCCAGGACGGCGGCGGCCGGCACGGACACCGGCGCAGGGGCAGGCGCAGGUCCGGGGCAGCUGGAGUACUUCGCGGACGCCAGGCUGGAGGUAGCUAUCACCGAGGCGCGCAGCUACAACCCGCCGCAGGACCGGUACUGCGCCUACUCCCAAUCCGUGCGGCUGACGGGUAAGAAGCGCAAGCCCGCCGCCUCACCCCGGCCCGCGCCCGCCACGCCCUCGGCUGCCGGCGCUCGCGCCACCACCCCGCUUUCAGCAGCGCGCAGCGCUGCCACUGCGGCCGCCUCCGCCUCCGCAACCACUAUCGGUGGCGCAGCCGGCCCCGCCCCCGCUACCACCACUCACGGCACCACCGCAGCUGCUGAUGUGGACAUGGACGCCUCGCCGUUGGGCUGGGCGUUCGUGGGCGGCGGCACAGUGCACUGCCCGGGCGGCGUGGCGUGCCGGCGCGCGGGGCGGCAUGAGAACUGGCUGCUGUCGGACGCGGCCGACCGCCACAUCACCUUCCUGCCCGUGCUGUACGACAGCGAGGAGCACAGCGCCGUACUGCUGCCGCUGGCGGCGGACGCGCGGGCGGGCGGCCCGGUGGGGCGGGCCGGCGACGGAGGCCAGGAGGGCGCGGCCGCGGGUGUGGUGUGGUUCAAGUACGCGUAUGAGAGCCGCGGGGGGCGGCGCGGCCACAACUUUUGGGACUGGGGCCUGGGUGAGCACUUGGAGCAGGCGGUGCGGGACGUGGCGGGAGAGGAGGCACUGCACGCGGCGACUGGCGGCAUUGCGUAAGGAGUUCAGGACAUGGGGCCAUAAGGACGCUUGCUUCCUACGGACUGGACGGGCUGCCAGGCGUGAUAGAUGCACGUGCCUGGAACACAGCCCAAUAAUUACAUCACCGUACAUACGCUUCGACGUUGACUGCGCGCAGUAGUAAGAUUGGGAGCACACCGCAUGAGUGCCGGAGGGGUGCGGGGAAGCUGGCAAAUGACCCGACCUGCACCAAAACAGUACGCGACACCUCGGCGUACAAUAGUAUCACGAGAAUAGGGGAUAGGACAGCAAUGUCCGUGGGUGUGCUGACGUACUGCGCAGUGACAGAUGUUGGUACAGGCCUACCGGUGACGUGACUGCCCAAAGGUUAAUGCGGGGGCCCAUUACACAUGAGGCCGCUUGGCUCCCUUCAGGACCCACAGUCAGACAGGGUAGAAGUUGAGCCUCACCAAGGGAGGUUUGUACAUCUGUAUGACUAGCGCCUGAUGGCAGGUGUUUGUUGGUGUGUUGCGGCGAUGGCCGAAAGCAGUAGGUGCAAAAACUGAAAAAAGCUGGCAACGCCACAUGCAGAUUGUCGCCAAGUACGGCGCGGAGUCUGCAGCGAAGUCCAGCAGGCGCGGCCGCUGCCUUUGUGUUGUAUUAGUCAGCACUUAUUGUAUGCUGUAGGUAUAGUAUUGUCGAAGAUGCUGCAAGACUGACAAUGGGAAGCCGAGGAAGCCAGCGAGUACAUUGUAGUGGAGGCACCAUGUAUCAGCCACUUGCGUUCUGUUCAGUUCUGUUACAGGACGUGUCGUGAGAGGAGACUCCCCCGUCA